AUUCAAGGUCAAAAGUAACUUGAUCUAUAAUCCCUUGCAAGUUCAGUGUAUUUGUCAGCAUUUCUUCUUUAAGUGGCAGUCGCAUAGUUACACAAGUAAUCUAAAAUUCUUAAACUACAAGCAAAGAAGAUAUUAAUACUGAAGUAAAAAAUGAUUUCAGAAGAAAAAGAAGCACAUGAACCUGAAGAAGAAAUAAAUUAUAUGCCAAGCAACUGGUCACAUCGUUACGAAAGUGAUAAAGUCAUCGAAAACUUUAUCAAUGUUUUAAAUAGAUUGAGCGAAGAUGUAACUAAAACAAUUCCACAUCGCGUAAACGUAAAAUGUGAAAACUUCAAUGGAAAAGGCAUGGAUAUUUUCAGUGAAGAUUUGCCAAAUGAUUCUCCAAUCUUUGCUUUCAUUCAUGGAGGCUUUUGGAGUGAAGGAAGCAAAGAAAUGUAUCAUUAUCUAGCAAAAUUAUUCCGUAGCAAAGGAGUAGUUACAACUUUAAUCGGUCAUAACUUAGCCCCUUCUGCCACACUCACGGAAAUUAUUGAAGAGAUCAAACAAACCAUUUUGUGUCUAGUUCAAUUAGCCGCAGAAAGAAAGUCAAAAGGAAUCUACUUAAGUGGACAUUCGUCGGGUGCUCAUUUGGCAGCCAUGUUUCUUUCUUCAGAAUGGAAAGACAAUCCGAAGAUAAAAAAAUACAUUAAAGGUGUUGUACUUAUAUCGGGAAUCUACGAUAUUUAUCCUUUAUUGAAAACUAGCGUGUUCGAAAUCGUUCAUAAGGUGACUGAAAAAGCUAAUCCAUCCAAAUUUCUAAAAGAAAUUUCAUCGAACUUGAUAGAAACAAACAUAAAAAUUCUCAUAGCAAUAGCGGAACACGAUCCUCCGAAAUUUAUUGAACAGUCUCAGCAUUUUCAGCAGAAAUUACAAGAAUUUGGGGUAAGUUUAGAUUAUCUGUAUGUCCAAGAUGAAGAUCAUUUCUCUAUUGUAGAGAAAUUACAUGACGAAUCAUUCAUUUUAACACAGAGAAUCAUAAAUCUCAUAUGUGAAGAAAAAUGAAAGAAUAACGACAAUUUAUUUGAGGAUCAGCGAGGCAUGCAACAUCCUAAGAACUAUCCAUUAUAGAAAAAUGCGGUUAGUAACGUUUUGUUUCUACAUUAUAUGGGAAGCAAUGUAAUUGUUCUAAGACAGAAUAAAAGCGUUUUAAUGGAUAUGGAUGUAGACAGAAAUGUUACAGGUUCAUAUAAAUUCCUACAAAAAUGAUCAAGUUUGUUAUUUUCAAACAUAAAAACACGUAUAUUAUAUUUAAUUUGUAUGCUUUAAUUCGUAUCGAUUCGACUUUAUAAGGGAGGUGGAAUCCGGAGCAUCAUCGAAGUUAUCUUAUCUAAAAUCAUAGAAUAUUUCUUGAGAGAAACUAGGAAAUACUUUCCCUAUCCUAUUAUUUUCAUCCCAUUCCAUUAUCAAAUUAUAAAUCGCGAAUCACGUUUUCACGUCUGUGCACUGAUUCACGACAUAUCAUCCACUUUUUAAUGAUCCUUAGUUCCUUAUUCGCUUUUAUUGUUCCGAUAUGACCUCUUUCUCUACAAAUAUCGUCGAGCGUUGCAAGGAUGCAUCUUAAAUUCGAAUAUUCUUGGAUUAAAUAUGAUAUAAUUUUUAUAAUUUACAGUUAAAUACUUUCAAAACAAUUGUACAUCAGUAAGGUAUGUACGCGUGUGACUAGUCUAAAUUCUAUUCAUACUCAUCCAAUGGAUCCAAAAAGCUAGAGAGGAAUGAAAUUAUUGUAUUUUCUACUUUUUUUUUGUAAUUAUAUUUUGUCUGAGCAUAAAUAUACUUUUAUAAAACAGCGGAAGCUUGAAACUUAUCAAUGAAUUGCCUACUGUCAAUCUUGACAUCAAUGGUGAAGGCAAUCAAGUGGUUCACUCAACUGAUUCGAAUAUCAACUGCUUCGUUGAAUUUAAUAGACAUAUCUCGGUCACCGUAAUUUAUCAAUACCCUUUAACCCACCGAAAUUAUACAUUUUAUUUUUUCGUACUAGAAAGAAUAAACAAUAUAAUCCCUACGUGACUAAAAUAUGAAGAAAAAAAAUUUCUAUUAAGAAGAGAAAAUUUAAAUAAUUCUGUUUAAUACAAUUAAAAAUAAUAAAAUGUGUAACUGUGAAUAUUUAAUUAAGUGUACAGGAAAGUUUUUCUGGGAAGCAUUUUUUAUGCCGAUUAACGAAAUCGUCGAACGAGUAUAAUUUUUAGCGAGAGAGAAAGAGACUUUUUAGAGCAAAAUUUUCUUACAUAAUUCGCUUGUCCUAAAUAAUUGAUAUUAAAGUGAUAAUCGGUGAAAGAAAUUAGGCCUAUUACAGAAUCAUAUGCAUAUAAAUUUUAAUAGCAACACGUGAAAUUGCUCGUAAAAAACGUGCUUUGUGAUAUGCUCAUUUCACAUUUAAUCAUAUAACUAAUAUAAUUGAACGAAACAUCUCGUAUGAUAUCUUAUAAUCCUAUAAAAAAUGUUUUAAUUUAAAAUAUUUUUUAAGUAUAUUUUAAAUUUAAAAUUGAAA